ACGCUUGCUCUCCGCUGCGAGGAAGCGCGGCCCGCGGCCCGCCGUCCGGCCCUCGGCCGAUCCGCGCGCUCCGAGGGCGGCUGCCUCGCGGGACCCCGGGGCGGGGGCGGCCGCCAGGAACGCCCCGCAGGCGCCGCCCCCUUAGCUGUCCGAAGCCCGCCUGCGCCGCGGCGCGCGGCCCGAGCCCCCCUGAGGCGGAGACCCCUCAGCCGGGGCGCGCAGCCAGAGCCUCCCCUCAGCCGGGGCGCGCCUGAGCCCGAGCCCCCGUGAGGCGGGGUGUGGGCCGCGCCCGGCGCGCAGCGCCGCGGCCACGUCCCGCCCGCGCUUCCCGCGGCGGCGGCGGUUUCGCGGGUCGAGUUUAAACUCGGGGCCUCGGCGGAGAGGACCCCCCUGCGUGCUGCGGUCAAGAUGGCGGCGUCCAGCCGCGCGCAGGUGCUGGACCUGUACCGCGCGAUGCUGCGGGAGAGCAAGCGCUUCGGCGCCUACAAUUACCGAACUUACGCCAUCAGGAGGAUAAGAGACGCCUUCAGAGAAAACAAGAAUGUGAAGGAUCCUGUAGAAAUUCAAGCCCUGGUGAAUAAAGCCAAAAGAGACCUGGGCAUAAUCCGUCGGCAGUGUUUUAAGAUCAUAACUCCAGACCAUGCUGCCCUUUUCCUGAGGACGCCGUUGCUGGCGAUGAGCCUGAGUUUUGUCGCCGCGUGGCAGUGUGUCUGCAGGUGUGAAGCGUGGCCGCGUUGCCCCGACCCCACAAGGACCCGGAGAGGGUUUUGUUUGCUCUUGCGGAAGAGCCAGCUGUCGCCUUGGCCUCUCGCUCUGCUCUUCUCACGAGGUGGACGGGGCCUCUGCCACAGCCUGGCCUCCGGGUGGGGCGACGUGUCCUUGUCUCUGGAGAGUUAAUCAGGGUGCCAAAGGCGGAGCGGCCUGCUGCCCGCUGGUUUUCUCACCCUCUGAAAAGUCCUCCUUUCCGCUCUUUUUCUCUAAUUCAGCACUGGUCACACCGUAAGCUCCACUUUGCCUCCCCUUGUUUAUCGUUCGUCCUCUCAGGGAGUUUGUUUAGCUGCGGAAGGACACCCUUACAUUUUCCCAAGACCCAUGAGUGUGUUAGAGGGGCUCCUUCAGCGUCGUCAGGAGAUCCCAGCAUGGCUGACAUGAUGUCAUAUCGUGACUUGUGACAUGUGUAUCGGGAUAUAUAUUUAUAUCUCUGACCCUUCUUCAUGCUUGACUCGAAACCAUUCAUAAAAGAAGCAGUAUUAAAAGCUGGUUUUCAUCUUAUGUCAAAGUUAAUAGUCUUGUUAUGUUGCCUGCAUCAUAGAACAAUCCCUUCUAUAAUAACUUUUCAGAUUCUGACAGCUCUUCUUGAGUUCUGCAGUUAUCUAGGAGUAGAAUAACUCGGCCAUUUCUAAGAAAUGAUCUUUAACUAAAGGCAUGAAGAGAUAAUGGGAUCGUCAGAAAAAGAAGCUGGUCUGCAGAUUUCCAAGGAUUCCAAUAGUGGCAGAGAAGUGAGUUGCCCUUUUGAAAACUCUAGAAGGAUGGCCUGCACCAGGCUUCAGUGGGGGAGUUUUACAGGACCCGUUAGUACCCGGACUUGGGAAAACAAGCAGCCUGCAUGUUUAUUUUGCAUAAAUUCAGGAAGAUGCAGUUUUUGGCAUUUUCCCACACAGAGGUUGGCAAGC